AUGGGAAUCAGAGGCUAUAAAUAUCAUCCUUUCUUCCCUAGAAAUCCAUCAGAAAUCUCUCUUCUGCUCUUCUCAUUCCGAAUUAAUAUUCUGACUCUCUUCAUCUUCUGCCUUCUGGCCAUCACCUCUCCAGUCAUCGCUCGUGGACGUCGUUGCCGUUCGAGCACUCAAUGCGACUACGAAUCCGUCUGCUACGAGGGAUACUGUUACACCAUCGACGAGAUGUUCGACAAGUUCGAUGCAAAGAAAUAA